AUGUAUAGUGAACAAACAUUUACAAGAGAUGAAUUGAAAAAGUUAACUAAAGAUCAACUCUAUCAGAUCUGUGUACAGCAAAGCUUUGCUCUCAUACCGAGAAGCAUUACAACUAACAUUAAUCAACAAUUAUUUGGUGUUGUCAGUCUGAUGUUCAACAAUGUCAAACUUCGAGCAUUAUCAAAAGAUCCACAAAUAGGCUAUCAUUUAGAUAGACUUACAAGUGUAUGGUGUCCAAUUAAACAUAUCGUUAAACUUACGGUCAACAUGCCCAUUUUCGAAUAUUUAAUGAAACAACAAUCUGCUCAUCUCGCUCAUAUUCUAUCGACUGUUGAAAAUCUAAAUAUUCUUCACGACACCAAUUACAAACGUUUACAAUUGACAAGCAUCAAGAACUUUGGAAUCAUUGCCAAACCUCGCUCGCUCUGCUUGAAAUAUCUAACUUUGGAUUCCAAACAACUGAAUGCAAUAUGUUCAAUUAAAUCACUUCAAAAGAUAGAGAUUUGGAACUUAUUUGAACGUACAUGCGAUUAUUUCACAGUGUUAUGCAACGGUUUACCAUUGCUUGAAUCACUCAGAUCGAAUUCUUUUGAUGUCAGUCGUAUCCCAAAGUCAAGUCGCUCGACAAUUAAAAAGCUUUCAGAAGUUAGUUUGAAAUCAACCAAUGAAACCUUUGAAUUCCCAAAUCUCCAAAAGCUAUCUAUGGCAAGACUGAACUACAACCUAGAAAAUAUCAAAUCGAUCUUCUUUAAAUAUUUCUCUCAAUCCAACAAUAUCACACAUCUAUCGGUAUAUUUGAAGUUUAAAAUCAAUAUUUGGGCGCCAAUCAUAAGAAAGUUAAGGUGUAUAGUCACUCUCGAGGAUUUAGAACCUCAUAGACAAUAUGAUCGUAAAGAAUUCUCCAAACUUAGAGAUGUCAUACUACCAGCAUCGCUAUCUCGAAUCAUCAUUUGUACCAUGAGAGAUUUUGACCCAAACAACUAUUUAAUUGAUAUUGGAUACCAAUAUUCCAAAGAUGAUAUUCGUUCAUAUGAUUGCAUGACUAGAAAAAUGAUUUUUAAUAAAAUAAUUAAAAAAGAUCUUGAAAAACAAUGUUCAAUUGAAAUUAAGAUCUAA